GCGCCCUCUUCUUGUCCGCGCAGGUCUUACCUAUAUGCGAGUUUAAAAGCUGCAGGUCGCUCCAGACGUCUUAAGUAAGAAUUGGGGGAUUUUUAAAAAUAUAACAUUGUCUUCUUCACCCCCGCCGACAUGAGCAAGAACGAUUUAAUCCUCCCUAAAGACUUUCCUCAGCUAAAGAAUGACACAUUCCUGCGAGCAGCUCGAGGACAAGAAAUUGAACAUGUUCCUGUCUGGUGUAUGAGACAGGCUGGAAGAUACUUACCAGCCUCUAAGACGUUUUCCCUUUGAUGCUGCCAUCAUCUUCUCUGACAUCCUCGUCGUCCCCCAGGCCAUGGGGAUGGAAGUCCAGAUGUUGACGGGCAAAGGUCCGACGUUCACAGACCCCCUGAAGGAGCCGGAGGACCUGCAGCGCCUGCGGGCCAAAGUGGACGUGAACAAGGAGCUGGGCUACGUCUUCAAGGCCAUCACUCUGACCCGACACAAGAUCGACGGAAAAGUUCCCCUCAUAGGGUUCACAGGCGCUCCGUGGACUCUCAUGUCCUAUAUGAUCGAAGGCGGCGGCUCCAACACGCACUCCAAAGCGAAGCGUUGGUUGUACCGGCACCCCGAGUCCAGCCACGUGCUGCUGAGGAUGCUGACGGACGUCAUCGUCGAGUACCUGCUGGGACAGGUAGCAGCUGGAGCUCAGGCUCUGCAGGUGUUCGAGUCCCACGCCGGCAUUCUGGGACCGGUCGAGUUUAAAGAGUUUUCUCUGCCUUACCUGUGUGACAUCGCUCGCCGUGUCAAAGACAGACUGAAGGAGAAGGACCAGGAUGUUCCCAUGAUUGUGUUUGCCAAAGAUGCUCACUACGCUUUAGAGGAACUGUCGGAGUCUCGCUACGAGGUGGUGGGCCUGGACUGGACCAUCGACCCCCGAUCAGCACGGGAGCGCACAGGAGGAAAGGUCAGUCUGCAGGGAAACAUGGACCCAUGUGCUCUGUAUGCUCCAAAGGAGCGCAUUUCAGACAUUGUGAAGAAGAUGCUGGAAGGUUUUGGCACGAGGGGCUACAUCGCCAACCUGGGGCACGGCCUCUACCCCGACAUGGACCCCGAGAACGUGGGCGCCUUCGUGGAGGCCGUGCACCAGCACUCGAAAAACGUGAACAAACAAGCGUGAAGAUGUCAUACAAGCAUGUAUCAUAUGAUGGCGAUGAAGACGAGAAUAUAUAAUUUAGCUAUAAAAUAAAAAUGUUUUUUAUGCAAAAUACCAAAAGAAAUCGAGCUUUACUUUUGUUGUUCACUGGUUUUGUUAGGUUUAUAAUUCAAUUCCUUUCACAACUAGCAUAAAAUGAAAAAAAAAAAUAAAAUGUUUCCUUUGUUAAA